AUGGCAUCAUUUGAUUUCGUCAGAGACAAAUUAACUGAGUGGAACCACAGGGACUUGAUUCAGAGGUUUGAAGAUGAAGAAAUUGAUGAAGAAGGUUUCCUCUCCCUUGAGGAGACUGACCUCAUGAAGUUGAUCCCAAAAGCAGGACCAAGGUGUAGAUUUAGAAAAAAACACAACAAAUAUCUGAAGAAACGGCAGCGACACAAUGAUGAUAUGAACAUUCAAGAGGCCACUUCGUUGUCAGCCACCAUUAAGGUCUCCAAGAGUUCCUCAGGAAAUGUUACUGGUGAGAUGGUCAAUCAAGAGCCUCGUCAAAAAAACAUCCUAAAACCUCUCAGAAAUCAACCUCCUAAACGCUCAGAGACUGAAAGGUCAUUGGAUACACAUUUUGGUACACUUGAAGGAAGUGUGCCCACAACCGACAUGUUUGGAGUGGGAGAAACAGUGUAUGACCAUCUGGUUGGUGACCUGUGUUUAACUCUGCCAGAAAUUGAAACCAAGACAGAGGUGAAGAAGAUCAUGCAACGUGUCGAAAGCAAACUUGAUGAUCUGCCUUCUACGAAACUCAUUGACUUCCUCAGAGGUAAAAUCCAAACAUUGGAGAAAGACAAAAAAGAGAUAGUGGGUGUUUUUGGGAAGACUGGAGCUGGUAAGAGCUUCUUGAUUAACACCAUCUUGGGUGAGAAGAAACUGCUACCCUCUGGAAACCAAGGGGCGUGCACCUCGGUCAUGAUUCAGGUGGAGGCCAAUAUGACAGACUCUAAAUACAUCGCUGAGAUUGAGUUUAUCACAGAGAAGGAAUGGAAAGAGGAGCUAAGGUCCAUCUUCAGAGACAGAUCUUAUGAGGAUGGAAAUGAUGAAGACCAGGAAAGGGAUGAUGAUGAUGAUGAUGACGAUGAUGAAAAGAUAUCUGCUUUGUAUGGAAAAGAUGGACGUGGGGCAACCUUAGAAGAAUUAAUGGACAGGAAGCACUUCAGAGAAAUUCCAGAGUUCCGUUUAUCAGUGAAGAAAAUAUUUCUAUGUGAUACAGCAGAAGAACUCUCUGAAAAGAUAACCUGUUACACACGGAGUGACACACAGAGUGAUACAUUUAAAAGACAGUAUUGGCCGCUUGUGAAGUGUAUAACCAUCAAGGUGCCAAACUCCAAAGACCUGCUGGAGCAUGUUGUGCUGGUUGAUCUUCCAGGCAAUGGAGACUGCAACAAGAGCAGAGAUGAGAUGUGGAAAUCGUUUGUUGGAAACUGCUCUGCUGUGUGGAUUGUAAGCGACAUUGCACGAGCAACUUCAGAAAAGGAAUCAUGGGAGAUUUUAGACAGCACCGUUAGCCUCAUCGGGCCUGGUGGAGAAUGUCGAAGCAUCAGUUUCAUCUGCACCAAGACAGACGACAUUGAGGAAAAUCAAAAGGCAAAUGCACGUACCUUUAUUUUGCGCAGAAAUGAAACAACCAAGAGGCAAGUGAGGGACAAAUUCAACAAACAAAAAGAAGUCAAGAAACACUUCAGUGGGGGAAAGGAUUUCCUUCAGGUGUUUACUGUGAGUUCCACGGAAUACCAAAAGGAAAAGCAUUUGCAACAAGAAGAGACAGGUACGAUAACUAAACAAAUAAAUAUUUUGUUUUUAACUGAUGUUUCAGAAAUACCCAAACUUCAGGAAUUUCUCAGAAAUCUCAAUGAUCGUAGUACAAAGACUUCAGAUUAUGUUUCUGGAGCCUAUGGGAUCCUCUCUCUGAUAGAAGGAGCCAAAAGCAGUGACAUGACAGACAGCAAAGAAGAGGUGUGCCAGGUUCUGGAACAGAGGCUCAAGGAUGAGCUCAAGUCCAUUGGUCAAACUAUGGAUGAGGCUUAUGAGACUUUUGAACGAUGCCUUUCAGAAGGAGUUCGACAGUCUGAAGAAUCAUGCGAGAAAUUAAUGAACAAAGUGAUAGCACCAAGAGGGAAAAAAGGCAGUGGAUAUCAUAAAGUAGUGAAGACUUUGUGCAAGAAUGGCGGCGUUUACAAACCAAAAGGGAAAAGGCAAAGGAGAAGGGAAAUAAACCUUAAUGAGAGUUUAGCCUCAUGUAUGAUCAAGCUCAUUGAUGAAGAGUUUAAGACAUAUUUCCCAAAUGAGGGCAAACGUGGCCCAAUCAGGGAGCAGAUUGAGACAUUCACCCUUGACACGAACAGCUUGGUUGGGGAGCACCCAGAAGUGUCACUGCAUCUGAUAUUCCUCAAGACAGAGGAAACUGAAUUGAAGGCAAAACUAAUCUGUGACCUCCGUGAGAAAAAGAAAAAAAUCUACUCCACUCUAACCGAGUCAAUCAAGGACUCCAUGCUUCAAUGCUAUAUAAGGUCGUCAGAGCAUGCAGGAAAAGAUUCUCUGAAAAGGAUGAAAGAUGAGCUACAUCAUCACAUGAAGAAUAACAACAUUUUCCAGAAGGCUAAGAAAGAUAUGCUGGGUGGUUUAAUAAACCUGAAGGAUCACAUCGUGAUGCAGCUGAAGUGUAAACUACAAGAAUCAAUGGAUCUCUCACUGAAGACCCCCAACAGCUCGUUCCUCCCAGAUGAUGUCACUGUGGAGUAUAACAAGAUGAAGAUGUACUAUGAGAAACUAAUGGGUUGCUCUGGUGCAGUACAAUUCACUCCAAGACUGGAUUUGCACAUAAAAACUACCGCUUUUGAGUCGCUGUCUGAGAAUGGAAGGAAGCGUGUGCAGGUGUCAACAAGUGUAACAAUGUUAAAACCUGAGAUUGUCAAAGAUCUUACAACACAUAACCACAACCCUACUUAUAGGCUCCAAUGCCCCAAGGCAGGUAUUUUCCAGUGCAGUUCCACUGGACUGGUGUUUCUGAUGGAAGGGAAAGGAGAUGUGGUUUACAAGGUGACUCAAUGGGACAGCAGCCUCCUGGGCUCCAGGAUACCAGCAGGACCCCUAUUCAGCAUUGACUGUCCUGAGCAGUCUGUCCGCCAACUGCAUCUCCCACACUGUAUGUGUGAUGAGAAGGAUGACAAUUUGUCCCUGGCCCAUGUUACUGAUGGCAACAUGGAGAUUGUUCAGCCACUCAAGACGACUGCUACACACGUGAUUGUGAACGUCACACACCUCUCCCUCUUUGGCCUCAUCAGGGAUGUGUUCUCCUUCCUCCCGGUCCGAAGCCAGGUGCUGCUGUUCCUCCGACCACAAGGGAACAGACACCAGAAGCGCAAACUGAGUGUUAUGUUGUUGCCCAAUAAUGUGCCACUUUGUGAGGUGGAACAUCUACAGAAGGGGAGUACUUUCAUUCAAACCAGCUCCAACUGCACAUUGACUCCCAGAGGAAAAUAUGGUCUCUGCUGUGAGCUGGUGGCAAAUUCUACCAUACAGCCAAAAAGUGGGCAGUUUGACUAUGACUACAGCCCAAACUUCCACCCCACAUUUCAGGUGUUUUUAGACUGCAUGUCGGGUGCAGAGAACAUCAGACUGAGUCUUUUAGACAGAGGAAGUAACGAUCAAAGAGUGUGGGAGUGUCUAGUUCCAACAGGUUAG